AAGUGGUCUGUACAUCUACAUUAGUUGACAUCAGUCCAUGCAUCAGUUUACAUUUCUUAACCUCUUUGGAUUCAGUCGUUCGCAGUUUAAUUGUUCAUAACUUGUUACCGAAUUUAGUGUGUAACCAUAUAUAAAUUACACGCUUUAUGUCAUUACAGCGUUCAUACAAAUUGCCAAAUGAAUUCUUUAAAUCGAUUACCCCUAAUAUUGAGGAAGCUUCUCAAAAAGCCUAUUAGAAUUAGAAACUUUUCAUCAAAUUUAGUUGCAAUCCCAGAUAUUAUAGAGGAAAUAAAUCAAGAGAAGAGCAUAAUAGUAAAUCGAAUUAAGAAUAUUACAACUAUUGGAAUUAAUUGCCCAGAGAAGAAGAAUAGUUUGAAUGUAGCUACUGCUCAACGUCUUUCAGAGGCAAUAGAUGUAUUUGAACAAGACGAAGAAGCAGUAGUGGGUAUUCUUCAUGGCUAUGGUGGAAAUUUUUGUGCCGGGUUUGACCUCAAAGAAAUUGCAAAAUAUGAUGGAGAAUCUGAAGAAAAUGUACCACACUUUGGAGUAUUGGCAAAUAGACGAAGCUUAUGUGCGAAACCUUUAAUUGCUUGUGUAAAUGGUUAUGCAGUAGGCGCAGGAUUUGAAUUGGCUUUGAUGUGUGAUCUCAGAAUAGUUGAAGAAACUGCAACCAUGGGAGUAUUUAAUAGACGAUUUGGAAUUCCAAUGUUGUGUGGAGGUACUGUUCGUCUACCAGCCAUGAUAGGUUAUGCUCGUGCCAUGGAACUGAUUCUCACAGGACGAGGUAUCACAGGCAUGGAAGCAUUUAAUUGGGGACUAGCAACUCAGCUUGUUCCAUGUGGUGCAAGUCUUGGUCAAGGAAUAACCCUUGCACAUUGCAUUAUUAAAUUUCCUCAAGCUGCUCUACUUGCUGACCGUGCAUCUGCACAUUUUGGAACAUUUAAUGCUAAACAAAUCGACGAAGCCUUACAGUUUGAAAAGGAUAAUUCUUCACACCUUUUGUACGAGGAAGGGGUUAAAGGAGCAAAAAAAUUUAGUGAAGGUGUUGGUAGACAUGGAAAAAGUAAUCAUCUUAAAAAAAUUAAUACAGAAAAUUUUAAAGAAUUAAAUAAUGAUUUGUUAUAACAGGUUAAAUAAUGUUACUAUCAAAUACUCUAAAAAGUAGCCUCUUGUGUACAUUAAUUUAUUGAUUAAUGCUGAUAGAUUUCAAUAUGUAAGUGCUAUGUAUACUCUGUAAAUAAAUAUUCCUGUUGUUCUUUCAGUUGUUA